AUGACAGUAAGAUUGCAAUACAGAUUUAACGGUGUCAAUAUUGACAACGCAGAUAAAAAAAAAGUUAUAGUUACCUUGGAAGCAUCCACAGGAUUAGGUGGGAAUGCCAAACUUCAAAAAGAAGGUAGUGCUAAUGCUUUAACAGGCAGAAAUGAUGCUAAUAAUGCUGAUGGAGCCGCUGAUGAUAUUAGUGAAUUAGAGGCUAGGAAAAUUGCUUCUUUGAUAAGCCUUAAAGAUGCAGUAAAAGCCGAAGAUACAGCAGGAGGUGCAGGAGGUGCAGCAAGACCAGAGGCUCAAGCAUGGUUUAAUGGAGCAGCAGCUAAUGACAAUUUGGUAUUAAAUUCCGCUAGUUUUACCAACAAUAAAAUUUUAGAAAAUCUUCACAUUGAUAAUGUUACAUGGGUGCCUGGUAAUGAGGCUGGUAGCAUCGCUAUUGGGGCUGACCCUGCUCAUGCCAAUAAUAUUAAAUUAGUGGAGGCAAAUGAUAAUAGUGAAAGCACUGGUGAAUUGAAAAAAGUAUUUGAUGUUAUAAAAAAGGAUAGCAAUAACAAUCCUACCUACAAAGGAUUUCCGAUUUUUAUUCGCAAAGAACAAGUGAACCUAGCAAAUGAUAACACUGCUGAUGAUGAACAAAAAAACAUAAGAGAAUUUGGUGAGGGUGCGACUGGUGCUAAUGGUAGAAUAUGUGGUGAUGUUUCAGAUAAUUGUCUUCGAGGAAAAAUUGAAACUUUUCGACAAAUAUUUACUGAUGAAAGUGAAGUAGAUAAUGUAGAAGUUGCCGAACUUGACAAUGAUGGUAAUAUUGUUGCUGGAAGUAAUAAAAAAGAUAAAAAAUACAGUGAUAUCACUAAAAAAUGUUUUGAAAUACUAGAUGCGGAUGAUAUUGAUGCAGUGGUUAAUAUCGCUUUCUUAGAAAAUGAUUUUGACGAAACAAAUGAUAGUCCUGAUCAAUUAUUGGAAAUGUAUUAUUAUGUUGUCAGGUCAGAACAGGCAAGAAAACCAACUCAAACUCCUCCUAUUCCAAACGGCAAAACAUUCAAUGAUACUAAUAAAGCCGAUUUAGAAAAAAAAGUAAAAGACACUACUUUGACAGAUGAUGAGAAAAAAGUUUACAAAGCAUUUAAAGCAGAAACUAAUAAUGAUAUUAAAAAUGAUGACGUUUACUCAGUCUUAAAUACUCUGAUUGGCAAGUUAAAAGGAGAAAUUGAUGAGCCAGAAGCAGAAUUAGAAACUGCUUACUCCAAAAAAGGCGAUACUGAGGCUGCCAAAAUUGCCUGGAAAUUUGUUAACGACCAUGCGAAGGACAAUAAUAAUAAAGCCAUGAAAGAUGAAAGUGGGGCAGCGGAUAAAAUCUUGGCAGAUGUUAAAGGAAUUAAAUUAGCCACUGAUAUUAAAACAGUGUUCGAAGACUGUAAAAAGGCUUAUGGUACCCUUACAAGCCUCGAAAAGAGUGGUCUAAAAAGCAAGUUAGAAGAUCAUAAAACAAAAAGAUCUUCUGCUUGGGGUAAAGUUAAUAAAUACGAGCCAGGAGGAAAAAAAUACGCCGAUGAAGCUUUUGUAAAAGUUGAUGAAGGUCAGGAACAAGACCAAGCAACUUUCGAUAACUAUGCCAAAAUGGAAAGUGAAAAGAAAGUGCGAGAAGAAGCAGAAAAAGCAGGACAAAAAGAUGAAACACUUGUCAAGCGAGGUCAGAUUGCUGCACACUUCAAAAAUUCUGAUAAAGACAAAGAAAAGAAGUUAUUAGAAAUAGCUGAUAAGGUUGGUAAAACUUCUAAAUAUAGUGAUAGUAAAGAUAAAAUUGAACAAAGUAUUACUGAGAUUAAAGCACAUAUUGAGUUGUUAGACAAAAUUAUCAAGGCUAAGGGUAGUGAAACUUCCGAUGAGGCUAGAAUUAGAAAAGCACUAGAAGGAUUUGCUGAUAAAGAUAAUAAAACAUGGGGAAAAACUACUACUAAAUCUUUCUUAGAAAAUUUGAAAACUGCAUUAGAAACACGAAAAUCAGAAUUAGAAUCUAAGCAAAAAGAAUACAAAAAAAAUGAUGGUAAUAAUACAAACGGCGACCCUAAGCCAUGGUGGAAAACAACAGGAGGAAUAAUUGGAAUUAUUGUAGGUAUAGUAUUAGUGCUUGGAUUGAUUGCUUACUUCAUUAAAACUAACAGCAGUGAAGAAGGUGAAGGUAGUGAUGAGGAAUAA